AUGGAUUUAAGCGCUUUGAGUAUGGAUUGCGAGGUGAGUUUUUUAUUUUAAAUUAUAAAAAAUUGGGUGAAUGACCGGUUUUGUUGGACUUGAGCUCAAAUAAUGUUCCUGGCUAUAAUUUCUCACCCGAAAUUAGUUUUACUACGAGUUGUUCAUGGGCUUUUCAUGUGAUUUUCGCCGGAAAUUGAGUUUUCUGGCGAUUUUUUGAACGGAAUUCGAAUAGAAACGUUCUAAAUGAAGAAAUGAGUUUGUUAUUCUAUAAGUCAGUUUUACAAGUGAGGUAUGAAAUUUUUUUCCGGAUUUGUGAUAACUUCUAACUUUUAGAAAUUGAUGAUUUUAAUUAGUAUUAUUCUAUAUUAACGGCACUGGAUUCUGACCCUCGAAUUUUUCAUGAGUUACCACUUGAAAUUAUCUCGAAUUUCUUAUGGAUUUUUUCAUCUACCCAUUUUAAUUUUUUAAAAUUAGAAUAAGAAAUUCAGUUUGGUUUUUCGCAAACAUCUUUAUUUUCCUCUAGGAAAUUACUAUUAUCUUGGGUCAGUGGUUUUCUCAAUCAAGAAAAUGUUUCCCAUGCCGCAGAUAAAAUUAACCUAUAAUUUAUUCGAAUUCCUCAAUUCAUUUUCUCGUUUCGUUUCCGCCAAAUUGUUGUGUUGUUGUUGUGAUCAAUUCAAAUUCUUUAUGCAUAUAAAUAUAUCAAAUAAAAAUUCUCUCUAUCGGAAUAUACAUAAAUACAAAAAGAAGAAGACAAUUUGGCCUCAAUCUAACGCCUUCUUCUUUUUUCGUGUCUUUUUUCUUCUUGUUUCUGUCACUCGAGUGUUUCUCUCCGUACGUUAAUCUGUCCGUAUUUAUCUUCGAAUUAUGUUUUUUUUUUGAAGAUGGUUAUUAGAAAAUAUCGAGAAUUAUUGAUUUUUCUCAGAGUUUUGCCGGCCGAUUUUUAAUCUCCUCUUCAAGUCAACCACUUGAAUUUGUACAUAGUUCAGUUCGAAUAAAAAUUCUGGUCUAGUUAUUUGUGUUUUUCUCAAAGCUACAAUUAUUAUAUAAAUUUUAUGAUCGAUAAUUACUGUAUAGUUUUCUUUCUUCACUUCAGCUGAAACAAGAAUUUAGUUGGAGGCUGUGCCGAAAUGUUUCUUUUAGUGGUGCUCGUUUAAUGUUUGCAUACACACUCAAUCACACGAAAACACAUUUAUGACAGACUUGAGCUGCGCUUUUUUUAUGAGAUGUGUUUAUUUUCGAAAAAUUGAUUUCGUUUGUGAUGCGAUUUUUAUGUGCAUCGGUUUUUCAGAUUAAAACUUUCCGGGGUCUUUAAUCGACUUCAGAUUUCAUAAAAUUCCUCGAAUAGUAAAAGUUAGCCGAAAAGUAAAAUUUGACUGGACCUUUUGACAAAUUUUUUCUGUCUGAAAUUUAUGUUUUAACCUAAAACCUAGACACACCUCGGCUAAAAUCGUGGUUUCCGAAAUAAAAAAUUGUACGCUAACUUUUUACAGUACAAAAAUUGUGCAUUUUUCAAUUUUUGUCCUCUAAAAACUGAAAUUUAAAUUUUUCCAAAAAUUGUACUCUGGCCAGCCACGGCUUGGCCGAGGUGUGAACCUAGAGCUUUGACGAGAUUUCGUGAGUUUUUUUUCGAAAUUUCGAACCUGGAAAAAGUUUUCUGAUAGAAUUCUGUACAGACUUUCGUAGUCUAAAUUUGGUAUGCAGCUGCAUUCUUUUACCCUCAGAAAAUUUACAUUUAAACAUCUGUGCCAGGUUUUUUUUCGAUUCAGCCAUAGAUUAUUCUCUCCAAAAGUUCAAAAUCGAGAACGAUUGUUUUAUUUCUCUCAUUUUUUGUUGGAAUUUCAAUAAAAAGGCGUCAAUAUUAUACUUGUUUGGUUUCUGACUCAUAGCCUUUUUUUGUGAUUUAUCAUCAUCAAUUCCGCAUUGUGAAAAACUUGUUGGCCUGAAAAAAAUGAUAAAAAAUGAAGUAAAAAAUAUUUGUCAUGACGUGAACCCAUACAUAAAAUGGGUCCCCAGAAUCGGGGUGAGGGGCUUAACUUUUUUCAAAAAUCUGAAGGGAAGGGUGCCUAACUUGGCCAAUUUUCUGCUGAUAAUUUACCAAAAUUCCCAGAUUUGUCCAAAAUUCGCUCAAAAAUGUGAGGAUGGUGUUUAACUUUGGAAAAUUUUCAAGGAGGGACCCUAACUUUGAAAACUGGCUCGGGGGACUCAUUUUAUGUAUGCGUGAACCUGAUUUUUGAAAAUAAUAAUUUUUUACAGAAGCUGGAUCCAGAGCAGAUAUUCACAAAACAGGAGCGCAUCGGACGCGGAUCCUUUGGUGAAGUUUAUAAAGGAAUUGAUAAUCGGACGGGAAGAGUUAGUUUUUUCUUAUUUUUCUCUGAAAAUUGCUUUAGAACCUGAUAGUUUUUUAGGUUGUUGCGAUUAAAAUUAUCGAUUUGGAACAAGCUGAAGAUGAAAUAGAAGAUAUUCAACAAGAGAUUCAAGUGCUAAGUCAAUGUGAUUCGCCAUAUGUAACUAAAUAUUUCGGAAGUUUUCUGAAAGGCUCAAAAUUAUGGAUUAUAAUGGAAUAUUUGGGUGGUGGAUCUGCGCUGGAUUUGACGAAAUGCGGAAAAUUGGAUGAAUCUCAUAUUGCUGUGAUAAUUCGUGAAAUAUUGAAAGGAUUGGAGUAUUUGCAUGGAGAAAGGAAAAUACAUCGAGAUAUUAAGGGUGAGUAGUUUGGGAAGAAUUGAGAAGAAUUUAGAAUAUGAUAAGGGGAUGUGGGAAAAUAUUCCAAUAAUGUUGAAAUGUAUAAUUUAAAAAUUAAAAAAAUGAGGGAAAUUUUUGAAAAUUCGAAUUUUUCCAUUAUUUUGGUUUAUAAAAAUUGGAGACUUCUUACAUUUGAGGUUUUACUGGUUUUCGAGAACGCAAAAAGCAAAAGUUCUUCGUUAGAACACAUUUCUUGAAAUCAGAAAUUCUAUAAGUCUCGACCCGAAGAAAAUUAAACCCCUCCCCACUUUUUUUUUUCCGAAAAUCUCGAAAAAUAUCUCAACCCUCCUAGGCGCCAAUAUUUUAUUGGACUAUCCAAGCGCGGCUGUCAAAAUUUGCGACUGCGGUGUCGCCAAAUCAUUGAUGACUCUCUCAAAAGCCAACACUUUUGUCGGAACACCAUUUUUCAUGGCACCCGAAGUCAUAAAAGGAGAUUAUGGUUGUGAGGUACAAAAUCACCCCAAUAAAUGUACUCCUUUUGUGUGUUGGAGAAAUACCUAUGUUCUCUGAAAAUUCCCUUCUCUGUGAAUUUCCCAUUGUUUUUUUUCUUUAGCUGCAAAUGUGCUUGUCAGCGAACAUGGUGAUGUGAAAGUGGCAGAUUUUGGAGUUGCUGGACAAUUGACCGAAACUGUUAAGAAACGCAUCACAUUUGUUGGCUCGCCUUUUUGGAUGGCUCCAGAGCUCAUCAAACAAGCCAGUUAUGAUUAUAAAGUGAGCAAUUUUGAACAUUUUCCAUAUGUUUUUAUCCUGAAAAUUGUUGUCUUUUUCCACGCGAAAUUGCAUCUGAAAAGCCCUGUUCUAAUUUUAGGCCGAUAUUUGGUCGCUUGGAAUUACUGCAAUUGAAUUGGCGAAUGGUGAACCACCGCAUUCUGAUCUCCAUCCAAUGAGAGUUCUAUUCUUGAUUCCUAAAAAUCCACCGCCGGCUUUGGUUGGACCGCAAUGGUCCAAGCCGUUCAAAGAGUUUGUUGAAAUGUGUUUGAACAAAGAUCCUGAGAAUGUGAGUAUUUUGGGGAGGGGUUGUGUGAAAAUGGAAGAGUUUAUAAUGAUCGAUGAAACAUUGAAAUUAAGCUUGUUUCUUACAUCCAAAAUCAGGUUUUCCAAGCUUUUAGAAAUUUAAAAAAUUAGUUGUCAAAUUCAUGUCGAAGUUUAUUGUUUCCAUGAUCAUAAGAAUUUUACCCCGGAUUUCCUAUCUUGAAUUUAGAUUCUUGAAAAUUUGAAAAUCGAUCGAAGUAUGAGCCAAAAUGUUGAUUUUUAUGAAAAGUUUAGAAUAAAGAUUUCUUAACGCAUUUGAUCUGAAAAUUCAAAGAUUCUCAGCUCCUCCUACGUCUUUUUUCAAUCCGAUUUGUUUUCCAGCGACCCUCUGCGACAACUCUUCUGAAACAUCCAUUCAUCAAACGAGCCAAGAAAAAUAGUGUUCUGGUUGAACUUAUCGAAAGAGCCGCCGAAUAUCGAUCUCGAAUGGGAGUUUCAAGUGACUCUGAUUUGGAUGAAGAUUCGGAUGGUGGAAGUGGAACAAGUAAAUGGGAUUAUCCAACAGUUCGCGGGCCGAAUAAUAUUGGAGAAAUGGAACAUGGUGGAACUGUUCGACAGGCAAAACCAUCACAAAUUAUGAAAAGAAGAUCGCCGAGUGGAAGUCCGGGUGGAACUAUUGUUAGAGGCAAUUCGCAAGUUGCUGCGGUUGCAGCUGAAUUGCGCGGAAAUCAUAGUCAAAAUGGAUCUUCUUCGGCUUAUGGAGCGACUACAAUUACAUUAGGAAGUCCGAACGGAUCACCGAAUGCAUCACUUGCACGAACUCAAAGUAUGAUGUCACCAAAAUGGUCGCAAGGAUCGGGAGAAUUGGAAAGAAGUUCGAGAGCAUCGAGUGAGAGAUUGCAAUAUUCAUCGACUGCUAGUUCGAAUAAUCCGGCGACUAGUGGAAUUGGAAAUAAUGGUGAGCGCUUUUUUGGAAAAGUAAAGAAGUCAAAACAGAAAAAAUGAGAAUUAUUAUCAUAUUUUUUUAUUUAACAAAACAUCAAAAUUUUGUACCACGUUUGGACCUAAAAUUUGAACCUAACAAAAAAGUUUAACGUUGCUCUGAAAAAUCAAGGUGACACGUGUUUGCAGUUAAAGGGGUUGUCCUGCUACAUGGAAACUUAGGCUUAAUCGAUAGAGCUAAGGUGCUCCUGAAACAUUCCAUAUUUAAUUUUGAUUCUAGAGUGAUUUUUCACCAUUUUAUUCAUGUUUUUCUCAGGUUUUAAGGUUUUAGUGCAUAUAAAAAACAUGUGUGCUCUUCACACACAUAAUUUGUUUGUGUGUAUUUCUCGCAAAAUGCAUUUCCUAACAUUUUUAAACAAUGGAAGGCGAUUUUAAUCAACUUUAGGCUUGCUAAUAGUUAGUCCAAAAAUGUGACGCACAAUUGCGGACUUGAUUUUUCAUGUAGAAGGACACCUCCUUUAAAUUCGAAUAUAUCCACUUAAUGUUUAAUUUUCAGGAAUCCGUGGUGGAAGCGCUGGGCGUCGUGAAUAUAACUCACCUUCCAAUGGAUCUUCAUCAUCUUCUGGAUAUGUUUCGAAUGGACAUUCGGAAUAUCCUGAUGUCAACACACUUCAAACUGAUUUCCAACGAGAUUUGAAGGUAAGUUUUUCCCGAAAAACUCGAGGUUCUAUAACAUUUUUCUUUUAGAUUUCGUCAAGUCAACGUUCUGGCGGAUCUGGUGGUCGAAAUGAUUAUCAUCAAUCUGUUCCUCAAACUUCAUCUUCGGAUUAUCCAACUGCAGCUCCUCCUCCUCCUUCUCAACAAUCUCGAUCGCUUUAUGGAUCUGGUGGAUAUUCAAGUAAUUCCUCAUCAAAUAGCAUGUCUUCAUCGCGUAAAAAAGGAGCACUAGACUAUAGUUUGCUACCCGCUUUGGAGCAUUUAUCGCGUACUCGACACGCCUCAUCUGCAUUAGAUCAUUUGAGACAUGCGUUGAAAGAAGCUGAAGAUGCUGCACCUGGUGUAUGUAAUCAAAUGGUUGAGGAAUUGUUGAGACGAAUUGCUGUGCCACAGGUUGGUUGUUUUUAGGGGUUUGGUGGGAUUUUUAGAAAUUCUAUAAAAACUUUUUAUACAUCUUUCAAACAUAUGUAUUUUUAUCAAUCAAAUAUUCUCUAAUAAUCUACUGUUUCGCCGAUUUUUUGUUAGAAAAUUUGAAAACAUAAAAUUUUAAAAAAACAAGUUAAAAAAACAAGUAAGAUUAUGUUGAAAAUAUCCCUGAAAGUUUUUUCUUUGAAAAAUCACUGUUUCAAGAAAAAACUGAAAAAGCAAUAUUUUCAAAAUUUUUAUAUUUAAAAUUCAAUUCCAAAUCAUUCAUUAAAAGUAAAUAGUUUUUUCUUCAACCUUUCGAAAUUUUUUAACUGAAAAAUCUACUGGUUCAGACAAUUUUUAUUAUUCUCAAAGUCUAUUUUUUGUUAUCAAAAUGUUAUCAAUUUUUUUGCAGGUAAAUCAAAGUGAUCUUGCAUCGGCAGUUCGACAUCUCACAACUCCACCUUCUUAA